UGGGAUCAGCGGGAGCGGAGCGGUGGGAUCAGCGGGAGCGGAGCGGGGGGAGCGGCCGGAGCGGAGCGGGGGGAGCGGCCGGAGCCCCCGCCCCGAAGGAGGCACAGCGGGCUGGGCUGCGGAUGGAGGGGAGCCGGACCCCUCCCCGGUACGGAUCCAUGGAGUCCACCCGGUGGCCGCCUGCGGGGCCAGAGGAUGAGAUCGUUUCCAUGGCCGACUCCACCACCACCAUCGACGACAUCGAAGGAGAGCUCUUCAAAAUCGAGAGGAUCAGGGAGAUCCUGGUGAGGAGGGAGUCAGAGCUGCGGUACAUGAUGGAUGACAUUCAGCUUUGUAAAGAAAUCAGCCGGCUGAAAAAGGAGCUUCAAAAACUCAUAGCCCUGCCAGAGAAUGAGAAGUCCAACGAGGAGAAGCAGAGGGAAGAGGAGCUGGUCCAGCAGAUACACAAGCUGGUGGAAACACGGGAUUUCUUGGUGGAUGACGUGGAAUUUGAGAGGCUCAGGGAAAGGGAAGAAGACAAGGAAAUGGCAGAGUUCCUGCAAAGUAAGCUCUCCAAAAGCUACCUCCAGAAAGCAACUCCUGUCAAAGAGAAGAAGAUGACUUCCAGGGGACAGCAAACCUCGGCACCGUACAUGACCAAGACAGGCCUCACCCUGCUCAAGGAGUGCUGUGGCUUCACCUGCUCCAUCAUGUAGCCAGUCCCAGCUCCUGGGCACAGGACAUGACCAUGGUCUCCAGCCAGAGUCCACAACCUGCUCUCCUCCAAGAGAUUCCACCUCCCGUCAUUGUCCAUGCUUCCCACGGCAGCACCACCACCGGAGGGGCUUCCCAAGCAGGCUGGUGCAAGUUUAGUGACCACAUCAGUGGUACCACGUCCUCCAUGGCAUCAACAAACACCACAUCCCACCCGAGCUCAGCUUGGAAGGCGUGUGCAGCGGCGGCAGCAGCAGAGGCCACGACCAAGGGACAGUGCAGUCCUUCCCCUGGACACAGGGUUAAAAAAAGCACAUGUCUGGAGAACACUGUGCUCCACCAUCCAAGACAUGCUGUGCCCACAGAUGAUUGUCUCAUCCUUAGCCUUGUACAACCUUUGAGUGUCUGUGGGACGAUUCCUGAGGACUCUUGGUGGGGAAUGUCUCUGGUUUGGGUUUCAUUGUGUUUGCCUUGGUUUUGUUGCAAGGUUCUCUGUGGCUUUGGGUAGAACCAAGCAAAGGUGCAGGGCAGUUCCUGGAGCCUGCUGAGUGCAGGGAUGCUCCCUGUGGAGUUACCACCAGAGCACAGACCGGGCGUGUGCAACCACGGGCAGAUGAGUUGCUUUCCCCACCUCACCUCACUGGAUUCAGUGCUCAGCUCCAAGAAAAAGGAGGAGCUGAGAACAACAGAAGCAAAAUUCAGAACAGGGCAACAUGCAAAAGGAAAGGAAAACCCAGCAGGAGACUGGAGGCAUGGCAGGGGAAGGUGGAGACAGCAGGUGAGAUGCUCUCAGUGCCAGGAGGGUGUUGAGUCCUGCCCUCCAGUGCCCCAGCCAGCGCCUCUGGGCUUAGCACCAUGAGCUGGACACAGUCCUGUGCAAAAGACUCAGGGCACCCUGAUGCCACCCAGUGCUCAGCCCCUGUUGUCCCUUCUGAGCAUCCACCUGUGCUGAGGUGGCACAGCCAGAGCUGCUGGUGCCCAUGGCAGUAGGACAGGAGCUUUCCUUCUCCCUGGUGUGCAGGCCUCUCACCCCUCCCACCCUGCCCUUCUGCCCUGGAGCUGCUGUGGCUUCACUGGGUGGCCUGGGGUAGCCUCCCCUUUGGGUGGCUGCCCAGGAGCUCUUACUGCCUUGUCCUCCAGCCAAAAUGCUGAUUCCCCCAGCUCAGCUCUGCUCACUUUGCUGCAGGGUCAUGAGAUGGUGUUCCUGCCUGGGUCACUGGUCACCAUGCCAGGGAGUUGGUCACAACCCUGUGGCUUUUCCCAUAGCACCUGACAGCACAUUCACCCUUACAAAGCACAAUGCAGAUGGGAUCCUUCCCUGUGCAGUGCCAUAAGCGGGUCCAAGUUCCUCAUUGAGUCACAGACUGGUUUGGGUUGGAAGGGACCUUAAAGGUCAUCUCUUUCCACCCCCUGCCAUGAGCAGGGCCAUCUUCCACUAGCCCAGGUUGCUCCAAGCCCCGUCCACCCUGGCCUUGGACACUUCUAGGGAUGGGGCAGCUUCUCUGGGAAACCUGUGCCAGGGCCUCCCCACCCUCACAGCCAAGAAUUUCUUCCUAAUAUCUAAUCCAACCCUAUUCUCUGUCAGUUUGAACCCAUUGCCCCUUGUCCUGUCACUCCAUGCUUUUAUAAAUAGUGUCUCUCCAUCUUUCUUUUAGCUCUUUCAGGUCCUGGAAGGCCACAAUUAGGUCAUCCUGAAACCUUCUCUUUUCCAGGCUGAACAACCCAGUUCUCUCAGUCUUCCCUCAUACAUCAGCACUGCCAGAGAACCCAGUAUGUGAAAUCUGUUUUCUAACCUUUGCAAGGGGGUUUCCACUCCCUUAUCCUUCCUGAGCAACCUCCUCCAUCCCAAGACAUGGAUCCUACCAGCAGCCAGAGAAGUCCACAAACUAAACCAGUCCCUCUGCCCACUCACAGACCAGGGUGCAAGGCCCAAAUGGGCCAACAUGACACCUGCAAACGUGAAUCCAGCAAACUUGACCCUGCUUUGGUUCAUGUCACCUCUGAGUUUACCUCAGUUCUCUCUGUUUGAAGCUUGCCUACUUUGUACUGCUUAUUGGCAAUGCCCUACAGCCCCCUACAACCAUCACCUGCCACCUUCUGGUGCUCCCCCUGCUUGGGGGAGGCUUCAGUGUGGACUGGUGGGAGCACCUGUAGAUCACAGGGGCAAAUUAAGUCACAGAGAGCUCCCCUCUGCUCUGCCCACCCUGUGCAGUGGAGUGAGGUGCAGUUCACCCCUGGGGCUGUUAUCAGAGCUGUCCAUCAUCUGUAGCAUCCAAUCCAGGAGCUGAUGGGACAGGUUGGGCCACUCCCUCCCUGCCCUUCCAGAAACUGUCCAGUGGGUGCUUUGCUUGGUCACUCUGCAGUCACGAUAUGUGAGUUUGCUUUGAUCCACACAGACCAAAGGCUCAAGACCCAGAAGGCUCCUCUCACUGCCCUUGCCUUCCCAGGGUCUUACUGGGCUGGAUGAGUAACUCAGCCAGUGUGUUUGGCUGGGCUGAGAGGGAGCCAGACGCAAGGAAGAGCCCUUGAUUCAGAACUUGCCCCCCUACUUCAUCCUUACCUGCACCCCACAAGGCCCCCAGCCCCAGACUUUGGCUGUGGAGCAGUGCUGGGCAGGCAGGGAAGAUGGGAAAGGUCCUGGCCUGUUCUGCUCUUUGUUUAUGGGCUGUGUUUCAGUGGCUGCUCAUGGAGAAGGGGACAGGCUGCUGGCCUGGGCGUGCUGGCCUCUGUUAUAAGUGAUGGCAAAGGUGCCCAGCACACGGGAGAGAUGCUGUUUCAUGUGCAUUGAUUUCAACCCAAACCAAUAAAUGUUGUUGGAAGCUUGGUUCAUAGGUA